AGCUGGUGGCCGGCAGACGGGGCGGCAGGUCGGCGCGCGGGGGCCGCGAUGGAGGGCAAGAAGAAGGUAACCUGUCCCCUUGUCUGUGCUGUAUUUGUGGCUGUCAUUGGAUCCAUCCAGUAUGGGUACAACACGGGAGUCAUCAAUGCUCCUGAAGAGAUCAUCAAGAGCUUCUUCAAUGAGACGUGGAUUGAACGGACAGGAGAACCAAUAUCCAAAAACCUUCUGACUUCUCUGUGGUCUCUCUCUGUGGCAAUUUUCUCAGUAGGCGGGAUGAUUGGCUCUUUUUCUGUUGGACUUUUUGUCAACCGAUUUGGCAGGCGAAACUCGAUGCUGCUGGUGAACAUUCUGGCCAUCAUAGGUGGAACUCUGAUGGGGUUUUCUAAACUAGCAAAGGCGGUGGAGAUGCUCAUCGUGGGCCGCUUUAUCAUUGGCCUUUUUUGUGGUCUUUGCACUGGCUUUGUGCCCAUGUACAUCAGUGAGGUCUCUCCCACUGCUCUGCGAGGGGCUUUUGGCACCAUGAACCAGCUGGGCGUUGUCGUUGGCAUCCUGGUGGCACAAGUCUUUGGCUUAGAGGUCAUCAUGGGAACUAAAAUGCUCUGGCCGCUGUUGCUGGGGUUCACCAUUAUCCUCGCCAUCUUGCAGUGUGCAGCAUUGCCAUUUUGUCCUGAGAGUCCCCGCUUCUUGCUGAUCAACAAGAAGGAGGAGGAGAAAGCACAAGCAGUUCUCCAAAAACUCCGUGGCACCCAGGACGUGUCCUCUGAUAUUCAGGAGAUGAAAGAAGAAAGUGCCAAGAUGUCCCAGGAGAAGAAAGUGACAAUCCCCGAACUCUUCCGUUCCCCCAGCUACCGCCAGGCCAUCAUCAUCGCUAUUGCCCUCCAACUCUCCCAGCAGCUCUCGGGCAUCAAUGCGGUGUUUUACUAUUCCACUGGAAUCUUCAAGGAUGCUGGAGUCCAACAGCCAGUAUAUGCGACCAUUGGUGCUGGAGUAGUCAACACCGUCUUUACAGUUGUAUCACUUUUCCUUGUGGAGCGUGCCGGACGCAGGACACUCCAUUUGGUUGGCUUGGGAGGCAUGGCGGUCUGUGCGGUUUUCAUGACCAUUGCCUUGGUGUUGCAGAAAACUGUGGCCUGGAUGAGUUACAUCAGCAUUAUUUCUAUUCUUGCCUUUGUGGCUCUCUUUGAAAUUGGCCCUGGCCCAAUCCCCUGGUUCAUCGUAUCCGAACUCUUCAGCCAGGGUCCUCGCCCUGCUGCCGUGGCUGUUGCUGGUUGCUCCAACUGGACGUCCAAUUUCCUGGUGGCCAUGCUAUUCCCCUACGCAGCGGAAUACUGUGGCCCUUAUGUCUUUAUUAUCUUCAUUGUCUUCCUUGUGUUCUUCUUCAUCUUCACCUUCUUCAAAGUCCCUGAGACAAAAGGCCGGACUUUUGAAGAUAUCUCUAGCGGCUUUGAGAGGCGAGCAGUGGAUGGUGUUGCCACAGCAACUGUGGAGAAAGGCCCCGUAAUGGAAAUGACCAGCAUUCAGCCCACAAAAGAUGUUGCUGGAGAUAUCUAACAUGAUCCAUUCUUGAGGCUUGCUUGUUCUUGAUACAAGUGGAGCUACAUGUCAGAAGAGAAGAUUAGGUCACCUUCCUCGUUUCUGCUGAGACUCUUGCAAAGCGCUGAAGCGAGUCUGCUACGGCAGGCCUGGAAGCCAUGAUGGCAAAGCUAAACCAUUCUCUUUUCCCUGCUGCCCAUUUGUGGAGAGUCGAGAUGAAUUGCUGAGUGUUUUUUUUUUAAAGUUCUGUUUACCUUGAAAAUUGUUACACGGGAUUAACCUGUUUUUGCCUGUAUUGGUCAUUAAUGGUGUAGAGCAAAUUACUUUUCCUAAAGUGAGCAACCAAACCACUCCUCCGACCCAUUGCUAGAAUGUUUUCUGCCAUGUAAGAAUAGGGUGUCCAUGACACUGGCAUUUUUAAAUGAAAGAAGCCAUUGCUGUGUUUUCUUUAUCCUCAGGAAAUGGGGACGAAUGUGCAAGGGAUCUUUUUCUCGUUUUUCAGGCAGCCUGUGAAAUUUUAUUUGCGUGAGUGUAUUUAUUCCUGUGUCACUUGGCUUGUUAAGUAUUUAUUUUUUUAAUGUAAGAAUACUACCCUCUGUAAAUAUGAACCAGGAAAAAAUGUUUUAAGAUACGUAACUAUUUUUCAAGAUGAUGCUGUGAACUGAGAUGUGAAAUGUUUGUAAAAGCAGGCAAUGAAACACCAAAGAGAAAAGAAAAGGGUCACCUUGUGGAAAGGUGCUGGACGUGGGAUGGAUGACUCUGCUGAGGCUGAAAGGGGUAAAUUCUGCCUUCUGGAGAAGGUACGGGGAAGCUGAGCUGUGCAGAACACAGCCAUGGAGCUCUGUUUCUAUACAGUGCUGGGCCCACCAACAUAUUUGGUACUAAGGAUUAUAGUGAAGUUGUGAUAACACAUCAAUGUUGGUUGCCUUGACUUGAUUCCUCUUCACGGAAAAGGAGUGAGGCCAUUUCUCAUGGUAUUUAGAAGAGAGUGACUCUCCCAUUGCUGCUGUUGUGUGAAAAUGUAAAUGGAAGAGGAAACAUGCAUGUCAGGCAGCAUGGUGUAGUGGUUAGAGAGUGAGACUAGGAGAUCCGGCUCAAAUCCCCAUUCUGGGUGGGUGUCCUUGGAUACUCACUCUACUUCAUAGGGUUGGUGUGAGGAUAAAAUGAAGGGGAGGAGGAGGCUGUAAGCCACUUUGGGUCUCCAGGGAGUACAAAGGUAUAAAUAAAAUGUCUUUUUCAAGACUUUGUAGGGCUGUCAACAACCUACCUGUUAUGAACCAUGGGAUGGAGGGACGCUUUGUCUCCACUGAUACGCCUCUUGCCUUCUGGAGGGCAGGCACUUGGGUCAAGAACUAAAGUCUUUGGCGCCCAUUUUCUUCCUCCUUUUAGAUAUUACUUUAAUCUUUUGAUAUUAUUUUAAUCUCCUCCUUGAAACAGAUGCCAUAAUUAAUUAAACAAAUCUUCACCAUGUUCAAAGCAGCUUGCGAAUUCAUGGUCACUAAAAACAAUAAAGCCUCCUCCCGUCUCAUUUUCACAUCUGCAGCAGUCUUGGAGGGCAUUCCCUUGUCUUCUAAGUGGGAAAAGAAGGUGAAGGCCUUAGUCAACUGAGCUCAUGUCUUCUCGGUUUCCCUUUGUUAAAGGAACUAAGUGUUAAUGCAGAAAGAGACAACAGAUAUUUAUGACAGAGAAACAAAACUAGUUUUUGAACAUGUAUUUUUGCAUUUGAUUAUUUUUAUUAUGAGAUGGCACGAGGCAGCUUUCACAGCAAGACAUACAGUCAGCUAGGAUUCUAACAGUGGAAAUCAUGUGAGAAUCGAGACCAAAGUUUCUAAGAAUUGAUACUGAAGAGAAGUAGAGUAAAUUUCCUGUAUGUGAGUAGUCUGCACAGAUCCACAAUACUUGUUAAUCAGCAUGAAUGUAGACAACUGGGUUUAAUUUAACUGAAGAGAUGAAAAUGAUGGCUGUGUGAACGUGUUUCUGUAUUGUUCAGGGAGUAAAUUUUCCUGUAGCCAGUUGAGACUGGGUUUUGGAGAUGCAUGAAAUAGUGAAAAAUUGUCCCUUUUGGGGAGAAAAGUGGGGUAUAAAUACAGACGCUAGCAUGUUAUGGAGGGCUUCAGGGCAUUUUGUGGGCUAGUAAAGAACCUAGCUCCUGGGCAUGAGCUUUUCCUCAGUCCGCACACACAGUGAAGGAAUGGGAAUGAAACUUCUGAGAGCAGAACUACAAGUGACAAAAGGCACAGAUUGGACACUUGUCAGCUUCCCUCAAGUUUUGAUGGGAAAUGUAGGCAUCCUGGUCUUGCAGCUUGGCUCUUCGACUGCUGUCCAAUGGACUUUUCAACUGUCACUUGUCCAACACUCCGCCAAGCUGCCUACAUUUCCCAUCAAAACUUGAGGGAAGCUGACAAGUGUCCAAUCUGUGCUUUUUGUCACUUGUAGUUCCGCU